AUGGCUAAGUUGACAAGGCAACCAAACUUUACAGAGGCUGAAGUGCUGAGAUUGACAGAAGAAUAUGAAAAGGAAUUUGAUUUGCUUGUUUCCAAAUUCGGGCCGAACGUCACAUCUCAGAAAAAGGCCCAGGCAUGGGUUCAAAUCACAGAAGCAAUGAACGCACGCAAUCCAUCGGUUGUGCGGACGAAAUCUCAGUUGCUGAAGAAGUGGCAGAACAUGUGCAGCAACAUAAAAGAUCAAUACCGGAAACAUCGAAAGGAGAGUGCAAAAACAGGUGGUGGACCUCCGCCAGACCAACCGACUCAGUUAUCACAGAAGAUAGCAUCAAUUAUAGGCGAGAAUGAUCCUACGGUGUAUGGAAUUGAUGGUGGCAUGGAUAAUUUAGUUCCAAUUGCAAGUCCAAGUACAAGUCUUUCAACAUGUUCAAGUGUUGGAGAUAUCCCUGAUAAAGUCGUGGUAGCUAGGAAGUUCCCGAGGCAACCAAGUCAAGCAGCAUCAACCUUCCCCAUGUACAAAUCAGCGUACAGUGCAGCAGCAUCAUUACCGAGUCCCUCUCCUGCCAUCGAUGAUGAUAAUCUGGAACCACCGAAGAAAAAGAAGAAAAGUGAGGAAUCAAGUGAACUGUUUGGAUUGCAAAAGGAGUUGCUCUUUCUGGAGAAAGAAUGA